UGUGCUUCCUUUCCGGGAGCUGAACUUGAUCAAAGAUCUCCAGUACAGUCUUCUGAGACUUCUCCAUGACUUCCACCCAGGACUAGACAUGGGCAAUGUAGAGAAACUCACUGCCUGUAAAGCUAUGUUCAUCUUUGAUGGUUUGGAUGAAAGCARAAUUCCGUUGGAUUUUCAGUGCAACAAAAUGAUGUCUGAUGUCACACAGACAUCGUCUAUAGAUGUUCUGCUGACAAACCUCAUCAAGGGGAAUCUGCUUCCCUCUGCUCUCCUCUGGAUAACCUCCCGACCAGCAGCAACCAAUCAGAUCCCCCCUGAGUGUGUCGACCAGGUGACAGAGGUACGAGGGUUCAACGACCCACAGAAGGAGGAGUACUUCAGGAAGAGAUUCAGUGAUGAUGAGGACCUGGCCAACAGAAUAAUCUCCCACAUAAAGACAUCAAGGAGCCUCCACGUCAUGUGUCACAUGCCAGUUUUCUGUUGGAUUUCUGCAAUAGUCCUUGAACACAUGUUGAGUACAGACGAGAGACGAGAGAUGCCCACGACCCUGACUGAGACGUUCACACACUUCGUGCUCAUUCACACCAGCCUGAAGAACCAGAAGUAUCAUGGAAAAGACGAAAUGGAUCAACAGGAGCUCAUGGACUCAGAUAAGGAAGUUCUUCUGAAGCUGGGGAAGCUGGCGUUUAAACACCUGGAAAAAGGAAAUGUCAUGUUCUAUGAAGAAGACCUGAAUGAGUGUGGCAUUGAUGUCAAAGAAGCCUCAGUGUACUCAGGCGUGUGCACACAAGUCUUUAAAGAAGAGUCUGUGUUAUUCCAGAGAGUGGUGUACUGCUUUGUUCAUCUGAGCGUUCAGGAGUUUCUCUCUGCUGUCUACGUGUACCAUUGUUACACAACCAGGAACAUGGAUGACCUGAAGCUCUUCCUCCAGGCGACUAGAGCCRYGUCUGAAGAGCUAACCUUACACGAGCUGCUGAAGAGKACCGCAAAUAAAGCCUCGGAGAGUAAGACYGGACAUCUGGACCUUGUGGUCCGCUUCCUUCAUGGCAUGUCACUGGAGUCCAAUCAGAAACUCCUACGAGGUCUGGUGACACAGACAGAAAGCRGUCCAGAGAGCGUCAAGAAAACAAUCCGAUCCCUGAAGAUGAUGCAGAGUACCGACAUGUCCCCCGAGAGGUGCAUCAAUCUCUUCCACUGUCUGAUAGAGAUGAAGACACAUUCAGUACAGCAGGAAAUCGAAAAAUACUUGAGGUCAGAGAAAAGAUCCAAAAACCUGCCACUKACGUACUGUUCGGCGCUGGCCUACAUGCURCAGAUAUCAGAGGAGGUUCUGGAGGUGUUUGACCUGAAGAAAUACAAGACCUCWCAGGAGGGYCGUAGGAGACUGCUUCCAGCUGUGAGAGUCUGUAGAAAGGCUCUGUGAGUAUUCCUGGAAAUAUCACUCACACCAAACUAUACUGACUUGCUGGCUGUCAACCUCAUAGAAGCAUCGUGUGAACAUGUUGUUUCCAGCUCUCAGCUCAAACCCCUCAAACUGAGAGAGCUGGACCAUGAGUAACAAUGACCUGAAGGAUUCAGGAGUGAAGCUACUCUCUGCUGGAAACUG